AUGGCUGACAUCAAGCCCCCUUUCACCGAAGAAUCGGCUCGGAAGAAGGUCAAGGCAGCUCAGAACCUAUGGAACACCAAGGAUCCCGUGCGAGUUGCACAGGCUUAUACGCCAACAUGUAUCUGGCGCAAUCGGACUUCAUUCUUCUCCGGAACAGAGGGAAUCGUUGAGUUCUUGACUGCGAAAUGGAAGAGGGAAGAGAAUUAUAAGCUGCGAAAGGAAUUGUUCUCCUUCACCGACAACCGCAUCGCAGUGCAAUUUUGGUAUGAGUAUCAAGAUAUUGACGAUGGUCUGCGUUGGAAGCGGUGUUAUGGCCUUGAAGAUUGGACCUUCGAUCGAGAGACAGGAAAGAUGUGCAAGAGAAUGAUGAGCGGCAACGAUGUGCUCAUCGGCCCCGAUGGAAAUGGAGAGGGAAGAUGGUUUGUGGACGGAGUAGAUGUCGAAGACGUUGAAAUUGGAGAGGAACAUUGGUGAAAGGCUACUUCUAAUUUUCUGCACAUCAUGAGGCCGCUGUUAUCUACUGCAUUAGCAAUUCUCCCUAGAUCCAGGGGAAGCGAGCAAAAAGCCAAGUGUUGGAGUUAUGGCGAUUCAUGAUGCUCCUUAUGGUAUGUCGGAUGCGAGAAGUAGUGUACAGUAGGAUUCCAAGUUUGGUUUCUCCGUCCUCUUCUUCAGAUGCCCGUCAGACAAGGAAACCUAGCAACAUAUCAGAAGGUGUUAUGCCCUUAUUGACUUGAAUAAUUAUUU